AUGGCUGAUGACGUUGACAUGGCAGAGCGUGACCCUCGAUUGAAGCGUCGUGCUGAUGGCGGGAACAGCGACACCAAGUCACCCCUGAAACGCCUCCGCCCGGAGCCUUGCGAACCACCAGUUGUGAUCGUGAUCGAUUCUUCAAGCGAAUCAGAAGACGCAGACUGCCAACUACCGGAGCCGAAAAGUGACCCUCAAUAUGAUGCGUGCUUUGGGAUUCUUCUAGUCACGGCAGUAUCCGCCUUUAAAGGGAAAGAGGACAUGAAACAUGCUGCUGUGAGCGUGGAACCCGGUGUGAAUAUGCUGAAGCUUUCCUUUCAAGAAACUGGCGGCUACGCUGGUCUUGUGAAGAGUGAGAUCCUGGCUGCGCUUCUCCUUAGAAACACAGUCAAGUUCAGAGCGACCAUAUUCGACCCUGGCGCCGAAAAAAAGAUAAUCAUAGGGAAAUUCCACUCUAAAUUUGCUCUUCCAAGGGAUUGUGAGCUUCGGUUAGCAGUUUACGGAUCCAUGGCCGAUUCUGAAACUAUCGGAACGGCUCUGGGGGAUGCUGGGCUAUACCUGCAUCACCCUCUGACUUCAGAUCUUGACAGGGGAAUGUCUUACCACAAUCCUCAUUUCCUUCUUCGCCCGGGAUCUGAAAUGCCAAAUCUAGAAGUCUUAGACCUAGGCAAUGGCGAUCAGACCCCGCAGGAUCCCAGAUCCGAAAAUUGCGUCAUUGAUGAAUACAGUAAAGCCGUUUAUAUGAGGCUAUUCGAGAAAGCUACUUACGAGGACACUUUCAACCAAGUUUCAUCAAGUCCCCGCCUAAAAUCGACUUUGAAAAGAUACCGCAGCAAAAUCACUGGGUUAAGGACGGAUGCGCCGGCGAUAUUUCGAGGAGGCAUUUUGGCAGAUGAAAUGGGUCUCGGUAAAACCAUUGCCAUUUUAAGCCUCGUGUGUGGCUCGCUUGAUGCUCAAGCCCAGGUUGUAGAUUCUGGAACAGGCGGGGAAGGAUUUGGGCCAACGCUUAUAAUCACGCCAAAGUCGAAACGAAGUUUCAAUGCACUACAAAAGUAUAACAUCGUAUUCACCACAUAUGGCACUAUGCGCCGAGAUUGGACAGAAAAAGGACCUAUAUAUUCUGGGAGCUGGUAUCGUGUUGUUUUAGAUGAAGCCCAUCACAUCAGAUCCAGGGCAUCUCAAACCAACAAAGCCGCGUCUGCAGUUGACUCCUCGCGUCGUUGGUGCGUGACUGGUACACCGAUUCAAAACUCACUAGAUGACCUUGGAGCUCUCAUAAACUUUCUCCGGGUACCGAAAUUUCUGGACAAGAGAGAAUUUGAUAAAUGGAUCACUCGUCCUUGCAAAAGCGACCAUCCGGACAGUUUGCGACGGCUCGAAGUGCUCAUUAAAGCCACCUCUUUGCGUCGAACGAAGUUAUCAGCUAAUUUGGCACUGAAACUUCCUAAAAAAGUUGAGAAGGUAGAAUGGGUGAGCCUUACUCCAGAGGACAGGGAGUUAUACACCUUCUUUGAGAAGAAAGCUGCAAAAAUCGCUGCUGGUCUCUAUCAGAAAAAUACAAAGGCCUCGACGACACCAGCCGAGAAGGAAACCAACAUUCUUUCACUCAUCAACUUUUUGCGACUGAUUUGCAAUGGAGGAGAAAAGCUCUUACUAAAUUCAGCAGUGGCCGCCUGGCAGAGCAGGAGUGAAGAAUCCAUAUCUUGGGAGAUGAUGAAAGACUCUGAGAGUAAAUGCGAGCUUUGCCAUUGCUCCAUAGCCGAAACGGAUACUCAGUUUGCGGAAAACAUCGAGUUCUUAUGCCUACACAUUAUUUGUUGGAAAUGCAGAAACAAUCAAGAAGAUGAGGAUGUUAAUGAAACGAAAUCCUUAUGCCCAACCUGUUUAGGUUCAGGCACGAACGAGAAGAGUCGCUUUAUGAAUUCUGACGGUGUAUCUCUCAAGCUUCGUCUGUUGCUCGAGAACAUCCGAAGAGAGCAAAAAACUGGAGAGAAUGACCGAUGUAGUCCGAUAAAAAGAAAAGAGAAAGUAACUCGAGAGAUUAGUGUUGUCUUUAGUUCAUGGACAAAGAUGCUCGAUCUAGCUCAGCAUGUCCUCAGCACGGCCAAUUUCAAGAUUCAACGGAUAGAUGGUCGGAAAACUCUGCAAGCACGCCAGAAAGCAAUCCACGAGUUCAAUGAAGACCCAGAGUGCACUGUCUUGCUAGCAAGUAUCGGAAGUGCUGGUGAAGGCGUGUGUGCAGAAUUGCUGACCUUGUUCGGCAUCAGGAUUGAUCUAACAGUUGCCAAUAAUGUUCAUUUGCUUGAACCAAGCUGGAACCCAAUGGCCGAGGCACAAGCUGUUGACCGCAUUCACAGAAUUAGUCAACAAAGAGACGUCUUCAUUACAAGAUAUUUGAUCAGAGAUUCAAUUGAAGGAUAUAUUCAAUGGAUACAACAGGAUAAAAUCCGACUUAUCGAGCGGUCCCUUGACUCUGAGACUUCCCACUCUGAGGCUGUUGAGCAUAGAAUCGAGGUACAUGAUUGCCUCACAUACAAAUACCUCAUAUUAUCAUCUUAA